AUGUUGAUCGCCAAUGUCGGCUCAAGCGCGGCAUUCAACACCCCAGGGGUGGAUAUUUGGUGUGGAAAGGCCUAUAGAUCCACAAACGGAUCCUUCGAACCAGGGGGUUGGCUUGAUAAACCUCCUCAAUCAACGAAGCCGCUUCUGGACCUGCGCGUGAGGCCACGAGUGAACCUUUAUACUCCUGGGGACGUGGAAGGGUCGUUUAUCAUCGAUGCGGGAAUUUCGUAUACCGUUGGGCAGCCCUUUGAGUACGAUGUAUUACAGAGAGAUUGGAAUCCUCCACACGCCCUUGCGAUUGAAAUAAGUAUAUUAUCCUCGGACGGCUCCGGUUCUGUCUACAGUAGCCCCUUCCUUGCAUCGGUCAAUUCUGCGGAGAAUGAAGUCCCGUUCCCGUUGCUAGAUGUCCCGCCGAGCUUCGACCCGUAUAACGUUACGCUGACAGCGAUGAUGGUCCCUGGAGGAAAGCAGGUUUAUACUGCUUCCACUCUGCUUUACAAGCUGCCUUAUCGGACUGACGGCAGGAAUGUGGCCAAGUUGGAUAGCCUCUAUGGGGGGAUACUGGUGCAGGAUUACCUUACGGGUUCACAUACGUGGGAGGCCAUCCUGCCGUAUUCGUUCUACGUCAGUUGGGACGGCUGGCUGGAAAAGUCGCUGAACAACGUACAGAAGUUCAAGGACCAGGGAUAUAAUAUCCUCCAUAUUGUUCCGAACGCCGGACUUCCCAACCAGGCCUUCAAUUUCACCGAGUUGGAUCUAUUUCUCGACAAGUGUGAUGAGAUUGGGCUCUGGCUCAUGUAUGACAUGCGCUGGACCUACAAGAAUCUCACCGCGGUGGAAGAGCAGGUGGACAGGCUCAAGUCGAGGAAGAGCAUGUUGCUUUGGUAUACUGGCGACGAGGCCAGAUGGUCAGGGCGAUCCCUUGGAUGCUCCCAAGCUCGCCUAUGA